GUCAACAAUGAAAGAAAAUAAAGAAAAAGAAGUUAUAGGUGAGGGGAGUCGUCCUGAGGCUCAAUCUCAAGCUCGUCCGUUGGCUAGGGACAAAAAGAGGUCUUUAUCUAAAAACCUUGAUUUGGGAAAUCUCCCCAACCGACGAGACAAAAAGGCUAAGCACGGGUCGUCCCAAACAGUCAAGUCCAACCUUCCUAUGUCUCAACCACCCGUCAAAAUAUAUGAUGUGGACUCGUCCACUCCAAUUGAGACCACUCCGUCUAAGACUCCUCCGCCCAAGACGACUGUGCCAUCCACAUCCCAGCUUUCACAACGGCUCCCUUCAAACAUUAUUGAAAAUGAAGACCUGGCUUGGGAACGUUUUCAGAAAGCUGUUUCAGAUAAGGACAUAAACACUUGCUAUGACAUGUCUCUAAAGGAUUUUGAACAUUCUGGUAUUCAUGAUCUUUUUAAGGCUAUGUCAAAAUUUAUUGCAGCGUCCAGGCAAGCCACAGGAUUAGACAAGAUGAGGGUCUUGUUAGAGACAAGGAUUCAGGAGGUGAAAGAAGAAUCUAAGAAGUGGGCUGACGUAGCUGCCAAGGUUAAGGAAAAGGCAACUGAGCUACAAAACUUGAUUGAGGAGCUGAAAACUGAUGUGGUGGAAAAAGAUACUAGUUUUGAUCAUCUACAGAAGAAGAACAAUGAGCUGAGUACUCUUCUUUCCAAGGCAAAGGAAGAUACAGUGACUGAAUUCAAGGCGUCCAAACAAUACACUGAUCUUCUAGACGCCAAUUAUGCAGCAGACUUUGAGGAUUUUAGAAUGGAUACUAUGGAGAAUUUCCCUGAAGUGGACUUUAGCUCCAUUAAGCUUAACCUGGCUGCUGCUACCAACUCUCUUCUUCAAACUAGCUCCGAGGAUGUCAAUGUGGAAGACGAUGCUACCACUCAGCCACCUUAAGAUAACCCCAAUGCUAAUGCCCCUUCUUCUUAAAGACGAGACCUUUACAUUUAGGUUAUCCUUAGUAUUUCUUUUUCUUUUUUUGGUUUGAUCCAUUGUUUUGGAUCUUUUUAUUGUAACCCAAGUACAUUUUAUC